GAUCGAUCAGGAACUGGAAUUUCAGUUAGUGAACGAGACAGACACAAACCUGUGUGUUUCAGCUCAACUGCAUAGUAUAAUGUUAACAAGACCACCGAUUGAGCGUAGUCUUCAUCAAGCUUCAGAGUGUUCCAUUUUUAGGUCGGAAUGACAGGCAGAAUGGAAUUCUUUCGAGUGAACAGACGACAGAGAUACCGUGUUGAUUUCCACACAACGUUGUGACUGGUACCAUAAGCUAACAAAGUUGUCAGAGUUAGCUCACACGGCAGAAACAAUCGGAAAUCGGCUUCAGGCAUGUAUGGGUUGUAGCAAAACCACUGUAUUUUGCUCAACCCUCACUGACAGCUGUGGGCGAGGGAAGGACUCGUUGAGCAUCGGAAAAGCCCGCAUGACGUUGCUGCCUGUAUGAUCGGCUCUCGGAAAGGGUAGUGAUGCUCUCACCGCCAAGAAAGGAUCUUGUAUCUCUAAACCUUAUCGAGCAGGGUGGAGGUUACACUAAUGCAAAGCAGUGGAGACGACAAUCAUGCUGGAGAAAAUGGAAGCAGUUGUCACGUCUACAGCGAAGCCUGGUUCUCUUCAUCGUGGUGCUGCUGUGGAUCUGUGGUGUGGCCACCUACCCCUCCCUCAUAGACCACCUAAGAGGAGUCUCGAGCAGAGCGCAGCUGGAGGACGAAGGUGAUGUCGAGAAAGACGGCGGCGUAAAACCCUUCGCCCCAGAACUGCCAAAGCCGCCCAGGCUCGUCCUGCCAGAGCCGCCCUCCGAGAGAAAGGCCCCACACAAGCGCGGCCCGCCGUUGCUCCAGAAUCGUCAGCAGAAGAAGGGGAACGCGUCCGCCGUCCUGCAGCCGGCUGGAGAGGGGAAGCCAGAGCCAAAGAAUGUAGAGGAGGACGGGAAACCUGUUGUAAGUUGGCGUGGUGCCAUGAUUGAAGCGGAGCAUGCAACGGAACCUGCUGCGAAGGAGAAGGAGGACAAGGACAAAGCCGAGGGGGAGGCGGUGGAGAACACUAGCCUCCUGGAACCAGAGGCGGUGCGUCUGGAGGCGGUGCGGGAGGCCUUCAGGCAUGCCUGGAAGGGCUACAAGGAGUUCGCCUGGGGCCACGACGAGCUGAAGCCGCUGGCCAAGGCCUACGGAGAGUGGUUUGGCCUGGGCCUUACCCUCAUCGACGCCCUGGACACCAUGUGGAUCCUGGAGCUCAAAGAAGAGUUUGAAGAGGCGAAGCAGUGGGUAGCGACGGAGCUGUCCUUCAACAAGAAAGUGGACGUGAAUCUGUUUGAGAGCACCAUCCGCAUAUUGGGAGGCCUGCUCAGCACCUACCAUCUGACAGGGGACCGGCUGUUCCUCGACAAAGCUAUUGACAUUGGAACGAGACUGCUGCCUGCGUUCAACACCCCGUCCAAGAUCCCGUACUCGGACGUCAACAUCGGGGCUGGAACGGCGCAUCCUCCCCGCUGGACGUCCGACAGCACCGUGGCCGAGGUCACCAGCAUCCAGCUGGAGUUCAGGGAACUCAGCCAUGUCACCAACGACCCGCGAUAUCAGCUGGUGGCCAAUGAGGUGAUGAGGCGUGUCCACAAGCUGGAGGGCAAGCAGGACGGCCUGGUGCCCAUGUUCAUCAACACCAACAACGGGCAGUUCACCCACCUGGGCGUCUUCACGCUGGGGGCCCGCGCAGACAGCUACUACGAGUACCUCCUCAAGCAGUGGAUACAGGGCGGCAAGCAGGAGACCGAGCUACUGGAGGACUAUCUGCAGGCUAUCGAGGGGGUUAAGAAGCACCUGCUGAAGCGCUCCUCACCCUCCGGACUCCUGUUUGUCGGGGAGCUGUCUCACGGACACUUCAGCCCUAAAAUGGACCAUCUGGUGUGCUUCCUGCCGGGCACGCUGGCGCUGGGCCAUCACCACGGGCUGCCGGCGGAGCACCUGGAGCUGGCCAAGCAGCUGAUGGAGGGCUGCUACCAGAUGUACGCCCAGAUGGAGACCGGCCUCAGCCCCGAGAUCGUCCACUUCAACAUGCACUCAGGCAGCACUCAGGACGUGGAAGUCAAGCUGGCCGACAGACAUAACCUCCUGCGUCCGGAGACGGUGGAGAGCCUCUUCUACCUGUACCGCUUCACCAAGGACCGCAAGUACCAGAAGAUGGGCUGGGAGAUCCUCCAGAGCUUCAACAAGUACACCAGAGUUUCCACGGGGGGCUACACGUCCAUCAACAACGUGCGGGACCCCGAGUACCCGAGCCCGCGGGACAAGAUGGAGAGCUUCUUCCUGGGAGAGACGCUCAAGUACCUCUACCUGCUCUUCUCCGACGACCCCGAGCUCAUCAGCCUGGACAAGUACGUCUUCAACACCGAGGCCCACCCCCUGCCCAUAUGGACCCAGGCCUCCGAAGGUGCAGCACCCCCUGCUGCGUGAUCCAUCAAGCCAUCCAAAAAGCCAGGAGAAAAAUAAAGACCCACAAGGUCUACUUCAAUAUCUAACCUCAUGUUCUCCCCUUGUGCUUGUGGCUUUGUGCUUCAUUGACGCCCCGCCUCCGUGGAGAAAACAAGGUUUCCCCGCUGUCAACCUAGGCAGAGCAACUUUUGGGGGGGUUCCCCAUUCAAUAACCCGAUUGCAAAUGAGAAACUGACCUUUGAAUUGUGCGUUAACGAGAUAUUGAAUAAAAUGUAGAUUGUCAGUGACGUCUUGCCUCGUAUGACGAGGCCACAAGCAAAAGGAGAUGACGGGAGGUUAGAUAUCGAGUGUGUCCCACUUUACUUGUGCACACAUCCUCAGACCUCCGAUCUCAGGGCUAAGGCUGCUCCGCUGUUUUUUUGCCUGUUUUCUUGCUUUUCGUAGCCUUCCUUGUUUGUUUAUUUUUCUUUCUUUCUUUCUUUCUUUCUUUCUUUAUUAUCUGUAUAUGUGUGUGUGUGUGGUUUUAUUUGUUUGGGUCUUGGACCAAUGCCUGUCAUGGAGGAAGAGAUUCUAUCUCAGCUGGGGAGUAACCGCACAAAUACACCUAAAGCAACGCGAAUGAAGCGACAGAGCGAUACGCGCGAUUGAAGCGACUACAGUAUGUCCGUUACAAGCAGAAGGCAAAGCAUUCAAACAUUCCCAUUGGCUGUGGUCACUGACCUCUAUACAGUCAUUGGCUGUCGCGGCUGGUCGCCGAACCGCGUCAUAGAAAGUUGAAAGGAUUUCAACUUCAAACUGUCGCUCUCGUCGCGCAAAUCGCCUCUUGUCUCCACAAUCGCUUUUGUCGCGCGACUCAAUACAAAGUCAAUUCCUUCCGUCGCUCGCCUCACUCUUGUCGUGGUAGGUGUAUUUGUGCGGUAAUUGAUUCACUUGCGAAAGUUUACCAUACUGUGGUUGCGUGUUUUUUCUGUUGUGUUUUUUCCCCCCCUCCCCAUCUUGUCAUAUCGACAGGUUGUCACAACACAUUUUGCGUUUUCUUUUGUAAGAAAAGUAAGGCAGGUUGCAUCAGGUUACCUGCUGAGUAAGCGUAACUCCCACACCCACACUCGUAUGCCGAUCAGAAAAUUCAGCCCCAUCACGUAUUCCAGUUGUGCAUUACAGCAUUUGAAAACAACCGCGGAAAGCCAAAAGCUAUUUUUUGUUGUUGUUGCUGUUGUUGUUUAGGAAAAGAAAGAAAAACUGUGAAUCUGAACUUUUUAUUAUGUACCUGUGAGCACAUUUGGGUGUUGUGUGGUGUGCGAGGGAACUGCUGCUAUCUCAUUUGUGUGGACCUACUUGUGCUCUUCAGUUAUUGCCUGGCCAUGUUUUUUUUUACCUUAUUUUAUUUGAUCUGUGGUGUAGCAGCCAUGUAUAGUUUGUUUUUUUUCUUCCCCCAGUACUCACACAUUCCUUAAUGCAGUCAAUUUGAUUGUAACAGACCUAUUUAUUUCUGUAAUUAUUUACUGGUGAAAUGAGGAGUCUUUCGUUUCACGACCUUUACUGCCAAUUCUGUGAUUGCUUCAAACUCAUUGUAUGGAGAGAGACUUUUUCUAGAGUCUCUUGUGUGGAUCAACUAGUAGUUUUUACUGGUGCCGUUAAGUUGUGUAGACGUAUUUCGAACCCAUUGUAUGUUUUUUUUUUAGAUACCAUAUCCAACCAAGGACUUCCUUAUUCUAUCAUUCGCUCAUACCGUUUGUGUUUUCUCAGUACAAAGUACAGGGGAUAUGUGAUUUUGUUCCUUUCAGCGUGUUGAGUUGAAGAAUUGGAUUUUGUAAACGGGGGGAGGAGGGGUAGCCUAAGUGUACCUCUAUGCUAGACAUUUAAAUUCCAGUAUCAAAAUUUCUAACUGAAAACUGGAAGGUAAUUUCUGGUGUUGAGAUGUUUUGCCUAAAGUCCGUUUUUGAUUGUUGUUUUUUUUACAUGCAUACUAUUUUGAAGUGGCUUUCUGAAAGGAUGUUUAGAAAAAGCAAAUCAGGUUUACACAUAUCGAAACACACAUGGGUACUUUGGCAGCCCCAGAGAAUGAUUCUAAAGAUGUUUAAUUUAUUUUAGAUAGUUGUACGGGCUAAUGCUACUUAAGUCAGCUUUCACAAUUGCCCACGACUGAACUCACAGAGAAACCUGUUACUCUGGUGCCUUUCAAACAGUUUCUAAGCCACAGUGGAAUCAUACUGUAAAUUGCAGAUGGGAACCGUUGUUACCUUUUGAGUUGUAUGUAUAUUAUGACUGUGUUUAAGAUAUUGUGAUUUACUUGUAGGGUAUGUGGAAAGACUAAUUUAUGCGUAGUUUUUGGUGUAGACAUUUUGUGUAGAGGAGUGUGAUUCUGAGAGAGAGCGAGAGAGAGUGUACACAAAACCAGGGAGCCCCAAGGCAGCACUGUUAUCUGAGAGUGCUACAGUAUACUAGUUUGAAACGACCAAGAUGAGUAGUCCACAUAUCACCUCUGUAAAUCUUAUGGGAGGUUUAUGAUUCUGUUCAUGAUUCAAAAACAAAGAUCUCCUAUUGGAUAUUAUAUUUUUGAAUGUUGGGAAUCACUGUGCUUUUUUUAAUAGUCGCUACAUCAAGGGAAACAAAAAAAGAAAACGGCACCACCUCAGAUACAUAUCUAAGGGCUUCUUGUCUGACUCCUGAGUUUCUGAAUUCAAGAUGAGUGAAUGUGAGUAACCCGACUCUAGCCAGGUGUAUGUUGGUCUGCUCUGCUUCACCGGGGCGCAUAGGCGCAAGUGUGGAGCAUAGUAGAAAUAUGGGCCGUCCUAAGAAAUGGAUACACAGUUAAAAAAUUAUGUAAAGUAGGCAAUUGUUCAAAUUUAUUUGAAAGUGUAAUUGAAUUUACAGACAUCACUUUAAAGUUAAUGUUUUGUUACCACUCAAACAGACAAAUGUCUUUUAUGGUGAGACCUGAGACAGUCACCGAAAGUGAAUGCAACCAGACAGUGGAACAUCGUCAGCCGUGUCUUUACCAGAAUGGACGUCAGUUUAAGAACAGCUGAUGAUAAAGCAAACAAAAAAAAGUCUUUUAAAAUCUAUUACACCUUGAAAAUUACACUAAUUUUAAAAAAGUUUACAAUCUAUAUUGUGUACCUUUUUGGGACGCCCUGUAUAGUCAUCAAAUGAGAGUCUGAUUAGAAUGUGAGGCCACCAAGAACAGAAUUAUCAGUAGUCAGAAACCAAAUGUGCCCGAAAUGUUUUUUUUUUCCCCUUUCCAAAUGAUUGCCAGAAAAUCCACACGCUAAAAGGACCUAAAGGAUGAAACAUUUUUGCCUCUGACUGUGACUGACCCACAAUGUGAUGUCUUGUCAGAGAAAUUGUUUCCCCUCGUUAUGAAUUCAUUAAUUUGAUAACUAAUUAACUUUAUAACGAGGUUGUCUUAACACCUCUGGGGGAAGAUUAAGACGCUGGGUUUUGGUGUCUUGUAUUUUUAUGUCAUGAGCUUUGUAUGAAGUUAUGUACAUACAUAUCAAAUGAUUUAUGUCAAGAAAUGAAUAAAAGGUAACUCUUAUGAA